AGAGCCGUCCGGUGUUGUCUUGAUUAAGGCACUUCUGGUUAAAAGGAUUCACUUCUCUCCGAUUGGUUGAAUCAUUCCUCCGGCCAAUGAAAUACUAAAAUGCAUGAAAGACAAGUAAACGAAACAACGUAUGAACAUGCCCGCAUGCCUGCAGGCUGCAAAUUAACUUAUGUUGUAGUACUGUACGUCUUUGAUAGAAGAUUAAAACAAAACCCUUUGUGCAAAUGGUGAAUUAUUUCUUGGACUUGGUCCAUCUUUCGUGUUGGAAGGAGUCAUGAUCACCUAUUGAUUUUCUCAAUCCAUUGCCGAACUAUUUAUAUAUAGCGGGAUAUAAUGUGAUGAUUCAUAAACGAAAAAAGACCCAAAAAAGUUUUCAGAACAAAAUUAGGAAUAUAAUCUAUAUGGCGCUUGAUGCUUCAACCCUCAUCACAACUUUAGCAGGAGAAGAGAAUGCGACAUUGGAUUCAAGAUUCAUCAGGGAUGAAGAUGAGCGUCCAAAUGUGGCUUACAACCAAUUCAGCGACGAAAUUCCCAUUAUUUCUUUAAAGGGCCUUCUUGACGAUGAUGAUAAAAGAGCUGAGAUUUGUAAUAAAAUGGUGGAAGCAUGUGAAGAUUGGGGGGUGUUCCAGGUAGUUCAUCACGGUGUUGAUGAUAAACUUAUCUCAGAUAUGACCGAUCUAGCGACAGCAUUCUUCCAUCUUCCUCCUGAAGAAAAACUCCGAUUCGAGAUGUCUGGUGGCAAGAAAGGAGGUUUCUUUAUGUCUAGUCAUCUACAGGGACAGCCAGUGCAAAAUUGGCGUGAGGUUAUGGGGUAUUUUACCUAUCCAAUUGAGGCAAGGGACUACUCAAGAUGGCCAGACAAGCCAGAAGGAUGGAGAGACGUAACAGAAAUUUACAGUGAGAAAUUAAUGGAAUUGGCUUAUAAGCUAUUGGAAGUUUUGUCUGAGGCAAUGGGCUUGGAAAAGGACGCAUUUGCAAAAGCAUGUGUUAACAUGGAACAAAGGCUGAUAGUGAAUUUCUACCCAAAAUGUCCACAGCCCGACCUCACAUUAGGCCUCAAUCGCCACACUGACCCAGGCAUCAUUUCUGUUUUGUUACAAGAUCAAGUUGGUGGGCUUCAGGUCACCCGGGAUGGUGGGAAGACAUGGAUCACUGUGCAACCUAUCCAAGGCGCUUUUGUUGUUAACCUUGGUGAUCAUGGCCAUUAUUUGAGCAAUGGGAGGUUCAAGAAUGCUGAUCAUCGGGCAGUAGUGAACUCAAACUCUAGCCGGUUGUCCAUAGCCACACUUCAGUACCCAGUAGCGCAGGCAGUUGUGUAUCCACUGCCAAUUCAGGAAGGCGAGAAGGCAGUUUUGGAUGAGCCUAUAACGUUUUCUAAAAUGUAUAUGAAGACCAUGAUCAAGGAAAUUGAGCUUCCAAAGCUGAAUAAAUUGGCUAAGGAGCAAGAUUCUCUCAAGCUAUAA